AUGGCUAUAACUCAAUUUGUAUUGUUCGUUUUCAAGCAGACGAAAAGGAAGCAGUUAGAUAAAUAUUUAGACGAUAUACACUUGGCGAGUGUUUCUUCCGAACAUUGUCUCUUAUUUACUUCAAAUGUCAAGGCUAAAGAUCUCAAGCAGAAUGUGUCGAAAAAUAUUGAUGAAUUCAAAAGAAUUCUUAUUAGGGGAAGAAAGCAAGUUGUAAAGCACACGCUCUUCUGCCUCGUGUUUACUCUAAAUACUGAUCACCAUGAGUACAAUGGAAGAUUUUUUUUGAGACUUCGUUCGAUACACGAAAAAUAUUGA